AUGGUGGAUCCUGAAUCAGAAAAUCAUGCGCCGAGGGCGGGACGAGUAGGGGUGCGUUUGGACUGUUUAUUCCACGACUCUGCGACACCUUCAGCAGUAAACAAGAUAAAACAGCUUCUUAAAGAUAAGCCUGAACACGUAGGUCUGAAAGUUGGUGUCCGAACCAGGGGUUGUAAUGGCCUUUCUUAUACUCUAGAAUAUACAAAGACAAAAGGAGAUUCUGAUGAAGAAGUUGUUCAAGAUGGAGUCAGAGUGUUCAUCGAAAAGAAAGCACAGCUAACACUUUUAGGAACAGAAAUGGACUAUGUUGAAGAUAAAUUAUCCAGUGAGUUUGUUUUCAAUAACCCAAACAUCAAAGGAACGUGUGGCUGUGGAGAAAGCUUUAAUAUUUGACUACUCUGGCUGUAAGCUCCAGGAAAACUCAUGGAAGUCCUAGGGCUUACUGAAGAAAUCAUGUGACUGUCACGUGCUUAAAGUUUAUAAUGUAUGACUGCCUUACAAGGAAAAUAAAAUGAUGCGUUUUGAAAGUGAAGCCAGUGUGUUAGAUUCCAGGAGCAGCGAUAUUUAUAUUCUUUUUAGAGGGCAGAAAAUGAGAAGCCAUUGCUCUCUUUGGGUCAUUUUCCUGGUUUGUAAAGAAAAAAAAUCCUACCCUGCACUUAAUUGUCUUGCAUCCUUUCUGUUAGAACCAGUUUCAUGAAAGCUGCCUACCCGGGAGGAUUUCAGAAAACGUAUUUUUAAUAUAUGUGCACUCCAUAGUUUGCUGUUGAGAGUGGCGUGAACGUGCAUUUCCCGAUCAGAUUGAUGGCUCGGAAAAUUCAAAGGCAGAAGAUCCUGACUGCGGGCUUGACGUGGAAGCGCACUGGUUUUUUACCCAGACUUGGCACGGCAUUCCUACAUUUUUGUCCGCAAUUUCGUUAUCAGAUGCCUCAUUUGCUUUACUCUUUAGCAGCACCAGCCAGUAGAGGAAAGUAUCGAACAAAGAUUUCCUUGAACUGCAGUGCAGAACAGUUCUGAGCGAUGGCAUCAAAGGUAAGAAAUACUUCACCCACUAUUUUUAGUCCAUUUCUUUUGCCACCCAAAACGUCCCUUCAAAGGUGGAAUCUCAAGCUGGCUUAGAUCCUUUUGGUUGAAAGCUGUCUUAAAAGCCAUCCAGCCCACUCCCUCGAUUCUGUGCCUGGGGAAGCGACCCCCAGGGAAGCUGCAGGACGUUCGUCCACCCUCACACUGUGGGCCGCGUAGCGGCAGAGCUGGGACUACUCUUGCUCCCCUUCCGUGUAGGGGUCAUUAGCUCUGCAGUCUGAGGCGGUCAGGGAAGAUCAGUGUGUGGUCUGGCUUCUUUAUCUGGUUGGUCAGGGAAGAUCAGUGUGUGGCCUGGCUUCUUUAUCUGGUUGGCGUUUUGAUAAGAUUUCUUUGUAAUUUGAUGAAGAUCCUAUUUAGUUUAUUUUGAGUGAGAAGAAUCUUAUUUUAAAACCCACUUAUGUGAAUUACCAUCUUGUUUCUUUAGAACUUUGAAACAGUGGUUUAUACGAGCAGAGAAGACAUUUGUAGCAACCCAGAAAUAUCCUUUCCGAAUAUAAUAGUCAUUUUGAAGCAGAACAUGAGGGUCUUUUCUUAAAAUUCCCAAUACGUGUACACUUUCUGGAUCUCAAGUUCACUGACACAUUCUUAACCUAACAUUUUCAUCAUCAACUUUUCUCUGACAGUGUUCUUUCUGUCAUUUGGUUACUGAUUUUCCUGGGUUUGACAUACUAAGUGUUCUAUGAGAUGACACAUAUGCUUUUUUGAAAGCUGAUUUUCAUGAAUUGAAGUAGUUGUCCUAUUUAUGUCCGUCGUGUUUACUGAAGUACCUGGCACAAAACGCACCAGCACCUCGAGCAGUAGCUGCAUGUAAAUACUCACGAGUCCAUAUUGUUAAUAACAUUGUCAACCCACUUAUAAUCUGUGCAAUACUGAACGUAUGUAGAGAUUGAGUUGUCAAUAAAAAAGAACAUGGCCUCUUUGUGAUCAUAAAA